AUGGACAUUUACAAAGACCAAGAUGAUGAGGAGACAGAGGACGCGGCCACUUCCAAAGCGGACGACGAUGAAGAUGUGCCCCAGAAGACCACGGGAAGGAAGGGCAGGACUUCCAGCAGGAGGGUGUCUGCCAGCAAGCUCAACCUUGAUCUGGAACUGGCCAAGCAGAAUUUGCAGAAAGCCAAGGAUGAAGCAGCUGCCAUGGGAGAUGAGCAUAGUGAAAACAGAAAACUCCAAGCUCGUUUGAAGAAUGUUAUUUCUUUAGACAAAAUGAAGCAGGCUCUGGAGCAGAAGGACCUCGACCUCGCAGCGGCUAGGAAGACGGCGCGGGAGAAAACUAAUCUUGCUAACAAGAAGCUGGCUUCAGUCGACAAGUUAGAAGAAGAAAACGCCAAGCUCAAGACUGCCGUUGGUGAAGCAAACAAGGAAGUUGUGCAGUUGAAGAAGGACAAGGUGGCUCUGACUGACAAGGUUGCAGAUCUCACUCGGAAGAGGGAUGAACUGGAGGCUUAUCUGGGAGGACUCGCCAAGAAAUAUGUUCCUUAUGCUUGA